AUGGAUCCGAAUCUCAAGUUGGUUCUGGAGGAGAUCCAGAAGUCCAAGGAGGAGUUCGGGCGCCGUUUCGACGAGCACAACGAGCAAUGGGAGCGGCGAUUUGCUGAUCUCGAGCUUGCCCGCACCGCCCGCGACGCCGUUGUCGACAAACGCCUCGAUUCCAUCGAGAUCGCGGGAACCGACACGGCGUACACCAUCGGCAAGCGCAUCGCCGAUUUGGAGGUCGUCCACAUCGACCCCACUCCCGACGACCGUGACGACCGCGUCACCGCCCUCGAGGUAGCUUCCACGGACCUCGGUACUUGGCGCCCGGAGAUGGAGACGCUCGUCGACGACCUACGGCUCGAGAUGCAGAAACUGACCCAAGGUCGCGACUCGAAGGUGUUCGACGUUUUGCCUCCAUGGCCCGCCGUUCUCGCCUCUUCGUCAUCUGCGCCUAGUGGGCAUGGCGAUGCAUCGUCUCACCGGGAUGGUGGGUUCGGGACCGGGGCGGUCUGGACUCAUGUCCCGGUCAUGGUGUUGGAUUAUGUCGAGCGUUUCUCCGUCUUAAUCGAUCGCCUCAAAUCCUAUUCAGCUUCUACUGAUCCCCUGUUUUAUACCAUGAGAUUUAUCGAUGGCCUUCGGCCCGACCUCAAAGCUAUGAUUCUGGUUUCUAGGCCACAAACACUCGAUGCUGCUAUUUGCAUGGCUCUUGUGCAGGAGGAGGUCGCGGGCCAAUCGGGCGCCCAGUCAUCGUUCCAUUUGUCGGCACCGGUUGAGUGGUCUCCGAAACCAUGGACCACGCUGCCGCUACCUCCUCCUCCACCUCGUGUUGACAAGCCCGUGGUGAAGCCUGCAACUGCUGAGGCCACGGCCACAUCUUCGGCAACUGGUGCUCUGGCUACUGUCAAAGCAUACCGUCGAGCCCUGGGCUUAUGCUACAAGUGCAACGCCAAGUGGAGUAAGGAUCACCAGUGCGCACCAGAGGUCUUGCAUGCGGUCAAAGCUCUUUGGGAAUCACUGGAUCCUGAGGUGGUGCCAGCUGCAGAAACAUCUGAUGAUCAACCAACUGAGCAAGUGUUUCUAGCCAUAUCUAAGUCAGCUGUGUCUAGGGUUCCUGUUGCUCCUAUCCAGCUAUUGGGAUCCAUGUCAGGUAUUCUAGUGCGUAUUUUGGUGGAUUCAGGGAGCUCAUCUUCAUUUAUCAGUGACACUACAGUUGUUCAGUUAAAACACCUCGAUUCAGUCUCUAUUUCUAGCUGUGUGCAAGUUGCUGGUGGAGGUGUUUUACAGAGUUCCUUGCUGCUUCGCCAAGUUCAAUGGACAAUGGGCUCCUGCUCCUUUCACACUAAUUUUAGGGUACUGCCUUUGGGUAAUUUCGAUGCCAUUCUAGGCAUGGAUUGGCUAGAGUCCUACAGCCCAAUGCAAGUUCACUAG